AUUUAAUAAAGAACUGGAGAAUAUAAAAAGGAAAGUAUAAAAAAAUCACGCUGAAUAUAUACUGGUUAAAUGCCUUUGUGUUGCAAGCGUUAAGAAAAAGACCAUCCCCAAAUUCUUUCAUCAAAGUCAACUUCAGGACCAGCGUUCGGCAAGAGGAGAUGGCAGCGACGGCGGCGGCAACACCAAUUGCAGAAGAGGGACAAGUUAUCAGCUGCCAAGUCAAGGAUCACUUGACCGAAAACAUUAAGAAAGGCAAAGAGAGCAACAGACUGGUGGUGAUAGAUUUUACGGCAUCCUGGUGCGGGCCUUGUCGCUUCAUUGCGCCAAUACUAGCCGAUUAUGCAAGGAAGAUGCCCCAUGUGAUAUUCCUCAAGGUGGAUGUGGAAGAAGUUAGGGAAGCUGCUGAAGAAUAUAAGGUUGAGGUUAUGCCAACUCUUGUUUUCCUCAAAGGUGGAGAGGAGGUGGAUAGGAUUGUCGGUGCUGACAAAGAUGGGCUAAAAAAUGCCUUAGAAAAGCACGCUGCACCAGCUUCCGCCUAGAGGGCCUAAUAUCAUAUAACUUUCUGUCCGAUUGAAGAAAAAAAAUGAUCCCAUCGACUUUCAGAUUUGUUCUGUCUUAAUGUUGUUUCAAUAAGUACUCCAUGAUAAUAAUGAUUACUACAACUGCUUUUCAUAGUUAAGUUUUAAUGCUUUCAUGUUAUAUUCCUAUGUGGUUUCCCACAUUGCUGCAUCACUGUAUCAAGUCAUGUUAAGCUUUUGGUUUGAUUUGGAUUUAAGAUGCAAUUGCUCUCUGUUUUACUUUUUCUUUAUGGUUCUAAGGAUGUUCGCAUUAUUGUUGUUCGAUUGUUCAUUUGUUCAUAGAAAGAAAUAAGUUAAUGCCCAAUUUUACUAUCAAAAUGUGG